GUGCCCCGAGGAGGCGGAGCCGCGCAGGCGCGCAGGGUGCCCCGGCUGGGGAGCAUAAACAAGAGCGGGCACGGGAUGAGGCGGCGGUUGAUCCCCGGGCAGCCAGCUGCGGCCAGAGAGGCGGCGAGCGGGGCCCGGCGCCGACCCUGAGCGUACCCGACACGCCCUCCCGCGCGCGAGCCCCCGGCCGGGCCCGCCCGCCGCGCGCCCACCAUGAACCUGGCGAGUCAGAGCGGCGAGGCCGGCGCCGGCCAGCUGCUCUUCGCAAACUUCAACCAGGACAACACGUCCCUAGCUGUUGGUAGUAAGUCCGGUUAUAAAUUUUUCUCCCUUUCUUCUGUGGAUAAGCUGGAACAGAUCUAUGAAUGCACUGAUACUGAAGAUGUGUGCAUUGUAGAAAGAUUGUUUUCAAGCAGCUUAGUGGCCAUCGUUAGCCUCAAAGCUCCUAGGAAGCUCAAAGUUUGCCACUUUAAGAAAGGAACCGAGAUCUGCAACUACAGCUACUCGAAUACCAUCCUGGCUGUGAAGCUGAACAGGCAGCGGCUAAUAGUAUGCCUGGAGGAGUCUCUCUAUAUACACAACAUUCGGGACAUGAAAGUCCUGCACACGAUCAGGGAGACCCCUCCCAACCCUGCAGGCUUGUGUGCACUGUCCAUACACAAUGACAAUGGUUACUUGGCGUACCCAGGCAGUGCCACCAUCGGAGAGGUGCAGGUCUUCGACACCAUGAACUUGAGAGCUGCGAACAUGAUCCCAGCUCACGACAGUCCUUUGGCAGCGCUGGCAUUUGACUCCAGUGGAACCAAGCUCGCCACUGCCUCGGAGAAGGGGACCGUGAUUAGGGUAUUCUCCAUUCCAGAGGGACAAAAACUCUUUGAGUUCCGGAGAGGAGUUAAGAGGUGUGUGAGCAUCUGCUCCUUGGCCUUCAGCAUGGACAGCAUGUUCCUCUCCGCAUCCAGCAACACUGAGACUGUGCACAUCUUCAAACUCGAGACUGUGAAAGAAAAACCUCAGGAGGAGCCCACCACCUGGACCGGGUACUUCGGGAAGGUACUCAUGGCUUCCACCAGCUACUUGCCCUCCCAAGUAACAGAAAUGUUCAACCAGGGCAGAGCCUUUGCCACAGUCCGCCUGCCUUUCUGCGGCCACAAGAACAUCUGCUCGCUGGCCACAAUUCAGAAGAUUCCCCGGCUCCUGGUGGGAGCUUCCGACGGCUACUUGUACAUGUACAACCUGGACCCGCAGGAGGGAGGCGAGUGCACCCUGAUGAAACAGCACAAGUUGGAUGGCAGCAUGGAGACGACCAAUGAAAUCUUAGACUCAGCCUCUCACGACUGCCCGUUAGUGACCCAGGCCUACGGCACAGCUGUCGCCACAGCCUACACAGACGAGCUGGGAGCAGUGGGCGGCACAUGUCUGGAAGAGGAGGCCAGCGCUCUGCGGCUGGAGGAGGACAGUGAGCAUCCUCCUAUGAUUCUUCGGACUGACUGAACUUGACCUGUGAACUCUGACCCCUGAAGCAGAGAACACUGGCUUGAUGGAGGACUUUGUGUUAUGCUGCUAUGAACUUUGACCCGAGCUGGAGAGAGGAUGGCAGAGACUUAAAAAAAAAAAAAAAUUGUAGCUGUAGUCUCAUCAUUUUCACUUCAGUGGCUUUUAAUCCUGCUUAGGAAUCUUAGCUUUUUGUUUGUUU